GCCCAAGCGAGGUGUCGCGAGGCCGGUUUGCACUCACACGGCCGCAGACGCUCGUUUAGCGAGAUCCAAGACUGGUUGUAUUAUUGUGUACGCUACAUGUAUUUAGAUACAUUGUAGUUUAUUUAUUUAUUUUAAUAAUGGAAGCGUUUAUUGAAGGCGUAAGAAAGCAACCGUGCUUGUGGAAUCCAUUACAUCCUGAUUAUCGCGAAAUGCAGAUUAAAGACGAAGCAUGGCAGACCAUUGUAGAACAUUAUAACAACAACUCUAUCCCUAAUAUUCAAGUUGCGAAGAUAGAAUGGAAAAAGUUACGCGACAAUCAUCGCGACGCGCUCAAGCGAGCAAAGCUUGGUAAAAACAAAUUAUUACCUGCGCAAAUCACAACCUGGAAAUAUGCUAAAGCAAUGCAAUUUCUCGAGCCACACAUGAAGUAUAGAAUUACAGAAAAUAUUGAAAUGGAUCCUCCAUCUACGAAUAAUUCCAUAAAUAAAAUCAAUGACUAUGAUGUUUCAACAACAGAAAGUAAUGACAUUAUUAUGGGUAAUUCAGCGAAACGACGCUGUAUUGAGAAAAGUAAUCAAUAUCGAGAAGAUAUUGACGCCUUAGAAUCCUUUUUUAAAUGCAUGCUACAAAGUACAAAAGUUAUGCCACACUGGAUGCAAACGCAAGUAAAGAAAAAAAUAUUUGCUGUUAUUAUUGAAGCGGAGGAACACCUUUCUUCUCAAUCUCAGACUGAUUUAUGCGAAUUAAAAGAUCAAGAUUCCGAUAAACAAUUGGAGAAGAAAAUAAAAUGUGAGGUCUUUACAGACGAAAGUUGUGAUAAUGAUUACUAGUUAAAUAGUUUAGUUGGUAUUCACAGACAUUGUUUUCACAGAAAAUAAAUAAAAAAGUUAUCAACAAGUAGGUACUUAGGUAACAAAUAAGUAGAUAUUGUGUUGAAGAAAAUUCUAAAUUGUCAUUUUAGUUAUUAUUUAAGUAGGUACGUACCUAUUUUCUUGUGUAAACGUUAUGAAUACAUUAAAUUUUAUAUAUAA